GGAGAAUCCUGUGGCAUUAAGGGUCUAGUUUCUCUCAGGAGAGCAUCAGUCCUGUUCAUCCUGGUUUGUGCGGCUCUGCUGCCGGCUUCAUGGGAGCGUAGCACAGAAUGGAGUUUCCCCAGCUGGAACACAUGAGGCUCCGCAGGUGUAACAGCGCAGCCUCGGUGCCUCAGUUCUGUAACUCUCCCACGAUGAUCGUGAUGGUGGGUCUUCCUGCCAGAGGGAAGACGUACAUUUCCAAGAAGCUCACCCGCUACCUCAACUGGAUCGGAGUUCCUACAAAAAUGUUUAACGUCGGCCAGUACCGAAGAGAGGCUGUCAAGAUCUACAAGAACUUUGAGUUCUUCAAACCGGACAACGAGGAGGCCAUGAGGAUCCGCAAGGCCUGUGCAACGUCCGCCCUCAAAGAUGUCACCGUCUACUUCACCAAGGAACAGGGACAAGUGGCCGUGUUUGAUGCCACCAACACCACCAGGGAGAGGAGGACCAGCAUUCUGUGUUUUGCGAAGGAGAAAGGCUACAAGGUUAUCUUUGUGGAAUCAAUCUGUGAUGACCCAGAGAUCAUUGCAGAGAAUAUCAAGCAAGUAAAGUUUGGGAGUCCAGAUUAUGUGGAUCGUGACAUAGAUGAAGCCAAGGAAGACUUCAUCCAGCGCAUCGAGUGCUACAGAGCCAGCUACAUAUCGAUAGACGACGAGAAAGACAGGAAGCUCUCCUACAUCAAGAUCUUCGACGUGGGCAGCAGAUACCUGGUGAACCGGGUCCAGGACCACAUUCAGAGCAGGAUCGUCUACUACCUCAUGAACAUCCACGUCACGCCGAGGUCCAUCUAUCUGACUCGCCACGGAGAGAGUGAGCUCAACCUGCUGGGUCGCAUCGGGGGGGACUCGGGCCUCUCGCCCAGAGGACACAAGUACGCCAACUCCCUGGCAACCUUCAUCAGGAGUCAGAACAUCAGGGACCUGAAGGUGUGGACGAGCCACAUGAAGAGGACCAUCCAGACAGCAGAGGCUCUGGGGGUUCAGUACGAGCAGUGGAAGGCUCUCAAUGAGAUCGACGCCGGCGUAUGUGAGGAGCUCACCUACGAGGAGAUCCAGGAGAACUUCCCAGAGGAGUUUGCCCUGAGAGACCAGGACAAGUAUCGUUACCGUUACCCUAAGGGUGAAUCCUACGAGGACAUCGUCCAUCGUCUGGAGCCGGUCAUCAUGGAGCUGGAGCGGCAGGAGAACGUCCUGGUGGUCUGUCACCAGGCUAUAAUGCGCUGCCUGUUGGCUUACUUCCUAGACAAACCUGCAGAUGGGCUGCCUUAUCUGAGAUGCCCCCUUCACACGGUGCUCAAACUCACACCCAUAGCCUACGGGUGUAAGGUCGAGUCCUUCUUCCUCAACAUCGAAGCCGUCAACACACACAGAGAGAGGCCAGUGAACGUGGACACCAACAGAGACCCAGAGGAAGCUCUGCAGACGGUUCCCGAUCACAUAUAGAAGCGUGUGAAACCGGAUGUUGCUGCAACUGAUUCACACAACACAAUAGAGACGCACUCCAGUUAAAGGCUGAUGGUGUGAUAGUAGAAAGUGUGGUGGGGGGUGGGCGGGGCCUUCAAAGCACAAGGUGAGGAAGAGAUGGUAGAAACGAGACUCAGGCAACGUCCACACACUACAUUUUCAUUUCAGUUUGGACACACAGGUGACAACAAAGUAGAAUCCUUGAUUCUUCAAGCUCCUAUCACCUGACCCGCUCCGUGAGAACAGAUCUGGCAACAUGAAGAAUCAAUACCAAGUGUUACUGACCCUGUCGUCUUCGCUAACAGCUGUUUUUCAAUAAUACAACUGUUCACAUGUGGAGGAGAUGAGCUUCUUACUCGAGUGAUUCCUGUUUACACCAGCAACACAUCAACGGCCAUGGAUUAACACUGUGUCUUUUUCUAACUCGAGUUUCUCAAAAAAAAAUUGUCACGAUGUUUACAAAACGGCUGAGAGGAGGCGGAGCUUAGAGACCUUCAAUAACCUGGGACUUAGCACAUGAGUCGUUGUUGUGUACAGAUGUGGAGACACUACAUGUUGCUGAUUAUCAGGGUUGAGUAUCAGCACCAUGGACAGCACCGACACAAAUCUCAUUGUUUGUGUGCUGAAGUGGACGAGAUGCCAAAAUGUGUGAAUGUGAAUAAAAGAAUGUAAAUAAAUGAGGUAGAGAACGAGUCGCCUGCUCUACGACACGAAGCACUGCUCCCUUUGUUUCUGUUACCACGCAGGUGUAAUCAAAUAAAGACCACACGUCAAGCAGAAGAGUUUAGAAAGUU